GCCAAGGCAUACUCUCCUGAUAUUGCUAUUUUCAUGUUAAGGCAAAAGCCACUGCUGACAUGUCCGCACUGGUUGGUAGAGGAAGUAGCUCAGUUCGUGUGAAGGCUGAUGGGAAGGACAGGCUGAAGCUGGAUGCCCAGAUCUCCCACUCCCACCUUCAGGAAGACAAAACUAUGCUACUGAGGGUGAAUUUAUCCCAGAGUUUGCUGCAUGGGCUCACGGACUUGUAUGUAAAAAUGGCUGCCAACGUGUCCCGACACAGUGUAUCUCUGCAUGGUUCCUAUAGAGAGGGACGUAACACGCUGUUGGCUCAGAUGAAAGGGUCUCUUAAGAACAGCAGUGGUCUACAGCUUGCAGUGUCAGGGAAGAUGAGGCAUUCCAUGGCUAACCUCGCUAUUCUGCCCUGCAUCGUGGGAUUAGAUGGCAUAUUGGGACUGUCUGACACCAUUACUCAAGGACAAGUAAGAGUUAGAGUGGAGGAGACCUUUUUCAGCGUGGAUCUCAGGCAUCAGGAGGAAAAGGAAGAACUUUAUGACAUGUUGGAAACGAAAGUGUCUUUCACCCGUAGCUGGAUGUGUGUUCUGUUGGGGGCUGAGAAUUUCUGCGUCAACGUGAGUAGGCAACUGGGAAAAAAAGGGACGGGUGAGGUCUACAUCCAGCUAUCUCACUCAUCCCACCAACUAAAUGCUACAGGUCUACCUACUAGUAGUAGUGUCCAGGUGAGUUGGGACCAGGAUGAAAGUGGAUUGUCAGCCUUAGCAGAACUGCAGGCUGGACCUGAACAUUUAAAAGCUGAGUUCAAUGGCAGCAGGACAAACCAGCUUGUUCCACGAUGGGAAAUCCUCUCAAGAUUGCAGCACAGAGUCAAAGCUCUUCAGAAAAGAGGAAUAUCAAGCUCCAUGCAAGCCACAGCACAUUGCCAGAUAAAUAGCACUGGGUUGGACACAGGGCUGGUCUUUCACACAGAAGAAAAGAAAAUGAUUGAUGCCCUUUUAGUUCUUGGAUCAAAAAACAACACUGCUGUAUUCAGAGCAUCUCUCCAGCAACAGAUAAAGCUGCUACAGGGGAUCAUACCUGUCAUGUUGCAGAUGAACUGCACAGGGGACAUGGCUGCAGACCGUCUAUCUGCACAGUGCUACGGAGACGUGGCAGGUUGCCCAGUGGAGACUCUCCUACCCUCGCAGACAUCAAUGAACAUCACCGUCAACCAAUCUGGCUGCUCUACAAAUCUCAGCAUUGAUCUCCUGGCUCCAAAUGAACAGAAAGGCAGCAUGAUGCUGUUUCUUACCUUUCAGCCUAGUCUUAGUUUGAAUGCAUCAGUCCAGCACUCUAUAGAGGCAAUACAUGCACUGGGGUUUCCUUCUAAUGCAGCGCUGGUCCUUACUGUCUCAGCUACACACCUGCCUGUUGUGAAUGUUGGUCUGGAGAUUGGAAACUGUCACUUCAAUGGCCAUUUGGAUAAGACAGAAUCUUCAGAAGCAGAGAGGAAGGGAUUUUCUUGUAGUGUAAAUGUGGCCCACUAUUGCCCUGUCUUACAGGGAACAUUCAUUCCUGUGACUAUGGUUCUUAAGGGGUCUUUGUCAGGGUUCACAUGCAAGCGUGUGAUCAACUAUUCUGUAAAGGCAGACAACCAGUACCUCAGUUUUGAGCUACGGGAGUGCUGCAGCUCCCCACAUCUCUCUGCAACCCUUACACACACUUUCACAGGGUUGCGCAGCCGCGGCAUUCCUCAGAUGAUCAACGUUGAGGCCACUGCUCCAGGAGGUGCUGAGAAGACUGGGGCUCUGUUCAUAAAAGCUGGAGACUGUCAGGGCCAAUUGAAUGGAUCAGUCUGGCAGGAGAGUGAAGGUACAUGGGCAGCCGUGGUAGAUGCAAAUUUGGAUGGUAAAAGGAGUUUCCUGCAGCUGGUGGCACAGUCAUGGCCAGAGUUACGUGUAGAGGGUGAGCUCAGGCACAAGCUUACUGCUCUCGGAAAUUUCCCUGAACACAGCAAAAUUAUAGUAAUUGGCAAACUUGGGAAACAACAAUAUGCCACAGAGGCCCUUGUUCUAUUUGAUGAAUGUGCUGUGAGAGCCAGAGGAUUUGUGAUGUCACGUUCUGGCCUGGAGGGGUCACUUGUGUAUCACAACAACUGCAGUGUAAUUCAGGAUUGGGGCAGUCCAGAUAUGAUGCAUGCCUUUGGGUCCUUGGUUGUGACCCCAACUCUUGCUGAAUCUCAACUCACCUUGGCAAUUGACAAUGCAGAGUUACAUUCUUCCGUUGGUCUUAAGAAAACCAAGGAACAAAGUGAAGUAUCACUUAAUUUCAACCACACCAUGCCCGUGUUAAAGAGGCUUGGUCUCACGACAAAUACUGAAAUGUCUUUGAGUUCCGGGAAUUAUGGCAAUCAGUCAUAUUAUUACAGGAUACGCUGCAGUGUACAGAACCAAAAGUUCAAUCAAGAGAUGACCAUGGAGAAAGCAUUUCAGACAGUUACUGUGAAAAGCCAUUUCAGACAUACAAUGAACUACCUGAAUAAAAUGGGCGUCCCAGGAAACAGUAGUAUCCAGGUGGCGAUUUUGUCCUCUGAAGAGAAAACCCUCUCUGUAAACUCUCGAUUUGGACACCAGCAAGCAGGACUGAGACUAAAUAUUAAAUGUUUUCCCAUGACCAAAGAGAUAAGAGCAAUAACGUGGCACAGUUUCACGUGGCUACAGCAAAGAGGAAUACCACGUAAUAUUGAGGGCUUAUGUUCCACUCAAGGGAUGUCAUCCCAGCUUCAGUCCAGGGCUCAGUUUACGGUAGACGGGCACAAGCAGCUCGACUCGGGUGUGAAUGUGAGCUGGGUUGAUGGACAUCUGGCUGUACUUCUUUCCUACUCUCCCUCACCUUCAAAUCAAACAUGGAAAUGGUUCAGUCUCAACACUGCAGUGACUGCGCAGUUUAAAGGUUCUAUGAGGAGCAUUUCAGUAUAUGCUCAUAAUCAAGACUGGAGGGUUCGAUUGGUUGCAGAUGUUGCCGGCUGGGGGUUACAGGAAGUGUCCAAAGAGGCCAGAAUUACUUUCAAACACACCAAAGAUGGAGACUCCAGUCCUGCCUUUCAAGUUGAAGCCUGGGGAAGGAUCUCUGGCUCACAGCUGAAGUGCUCCAUGGCAGUGAACCCUGAACUCAUGUCCUCCCUUGCGAUCAUCGUCCAAGGACAUCAUCUGCCCAACAGCAAGGACCUGCUGGUGAAGGUGGUCCAGAGCAUUCCCAAGAUGCAGAUCUACUUGCCAUCACAGCUCAAUUUCCGCUCACAGUUUAAUCAAUCUCAGUCCAGUGUCGGAGGUUUGUUGGAGGUGUUGUCCGGCAAGAGGCGGCUGUGGACACUCGGGGAGUUGGCAGUGAUUGACAGCGGAUGCAGACAAUCUAUAGAGCUCAAACACUCCUACCCUCAGUUGAAGCUGCUUCCGAGGAUUGUUGCAGUGAAGACUGUGUAUGAAGCCAGGAACUGGAGUUACCAAGUGCAACACGCAGCCUUGUGGGGAAAGCAGGAGUUCAGUUUGUCGGGUCUUUACACGGCACCUCCAUCACUGGCGAGCGGGAAUCAGACGCUUAAAGUUCAAAUCAAUUGCCGGCCCCGUUUGACCAGUUUGGAGGUGACACUAGAGCGCUCCUUCCGAGGCCGUCUGGACAGCGUUUCACUAGGCUGGAUGAGACAUGGUCGACUGGAGCAGGUUAGAGCUCUGAGCUCGUGGAGUCAAUCGAAGGAGAUGAAUGAGACCAAGUUGGAGCUGAACCAGCCCUUCUCCUCAUCGCUUAGCCGACUUUCUCUUCACACACUCUCACACAGCUCCGAGAAAGAGCAGCGCAGCAUCCAGCAGACCCAUCUGUCUUGGUCCAGUGGAAAGCCCGUCAAUAUCUCCAUUAGCCUCAACAAACGAUGGCACCUUAACUCCAGCAGUGAGCAGGCAUGUGCUCUGUUGUCAACCCAAAAUAUACUGGGCUCUCCUGUCAAAGGUUGUGUAUCAGUCAGCCAGGAAGGAAGCCUAUUUUCACAAAAUGCUGAGCUAAGAUGGGACAACAGGAGUGUUAAACAAGGCAUGAAGUAUCAGAAAGGCGCACGAGGAAUGCACAGCCUCCAUGUGAAUAUCGGCCUGGACAAAGUGUCUCCUGCACCCUGUCCUUCACAUUCAGUUUUAACUAAAAUCCAAACCAACCUCAGAGAUCGCUUGGAGUACACAGUUUUGCUUGCCCUUUGCCCCCCAUUGCCCACUCUGUCGUGGUCAGGAUGCCACAUGCUGCACUCCGGAGAGGAGCUGUUCAAUACGCAGUCUCGUCUGUCAGUAAUGGGCCAACCCAACCUUUGCAGCCUCACGCUCACCCUGACCAACUCAUCCACUGCGCAGAGCUCCAAUGUGACUCUUUUCGCUGAGUCUAGGAUAGGGAACUGGAGUGUCGAGGUCGGAGGCAGCACUUUGUCAUGGCUCCAGGGGUCUGGUCUUCUUGUACGCGCUAGGCUGGACCACAGAGAAGAGCUGUGGUUGAAUGGCACAAUGGAGGGAAGAUGUUUCCAGACCACUGCAGGUUAUAAAAACGGUUCUGGCCUGAGUGAGGAUGUUUCUGUUGUGGCAUGUUUGGGGCCAAGUCAAAAUUUCAUCCUGGAUGUACAAAAAGGAGAUGGCAGCAGCCAACCUGAAACUUUGGGAAGUCUGUCCGUGGUAGCAGCCAAUCAGAGGCUGACACUGAGAGCUAGAGGCUGUGUGGAGAGUCUUAUUGCAUUAGAGGUACGGAUACAAGCUGUGAGCUCUCAAAUCAGAAACAAACUCUUGGAGAGAAUCAAGACAAUGAAAAAUCUCUUGGCUGAAUUCAGACAACAGUCCAGAGACACCAAGUUGCUCCAAGAUCUGAGUGCCAUACCUCUGCUUUUUGCCCAGCAAGCAGAGUCUCUUUUGGGACACAGAGGCAAGAGUUUGUUGGCUUUGUGGUACAGCAGCUCCCUCCGACACAUUGUCACCACCAGCUUGCCUCAACGUCUCAGCCUUUUACAGCAUACAUUGCUGCUGGGACAGCUGGAGCUGAGGAGGCCCCUGGCCACUCUUGCAGGCGUGUACCAGGAUGUAAAAGGCCAGCGGCUGGAGACUGUGUGGAUGGAGGCUGUUGUUUUGUGGGCUGACAAAGUACUGCAGGCCUCCCCUGCUCUGCUGGAGAGUCCCCAGCUAAGGCCACUAGCUCAAGGAAGCAUGGUUACACUCAAACGUGCUAUGGAUUUUGCAGGCCAGCACACGUACCACUGGGUAGAAAAUAAGUUGGCAGUGGCUUUUUCCGGACUCAGGAAACAACUGGCCUCACUCUAUAAAUAUUCCCCGAGUGAGUGUUCUGUGGCUGUGUCAAUGUCACUGCCCCCCUUGCGCUGGACCCGUGUGGCAGAGGCUGGUCUGGUGGGGAUCCUUUUAGAAGAGUGGCUCCUUAAGCCGCUACAAAGCCUCACCUCCAUUAGACCCACCGCGGAACUUUAUCGGCUCAAGAGGAAGAUCAUGGACGGCCCGUUUAAUCACCAAGCUCUGCUGGUGGCAGAUCAGUUUGUAGUCACGUUCGAUGGCCGCCUUUAUGAGCUGCCGGGCUCGUGCCCACUUCUUCUGGCCCAAGACACCAGUGCUGACCCCUCAUUCACACUUCUUCUCAAUUCACACCCACACAACCUUCUCCUGCUGAGAAUGAAUAACAGCACUGUCAGCAUUCAGCGCAAUGGGCAGGUAAAGGUUCGAUGCAACAACAGUAUGACACACACAUGGCAGAGUGACGGCGGUGUCACUGUCCAAAGGGGAUCACACAUUGUGCAGGUGUCCAAUCAUGAUGGUGUGUCGGUCUCAUGUGACCUGAGGCUUGAAGUGUGCAGCUUGACUCUCGACGGGUGGUUGCACGGCACGUCAACUGGUCUGUUGGGCACCAAUGACAAUGAAGCAGGAAAUGACUCACCUUUGCGUGAUGGUUCCCAAGCCAAAAAUAUGAAGGAGUUAUUCGACAGCUGGCAAAUGAACUCAGAGUGUGCAAAACCAACAGCUAAAACAGAACUUGUAGCCAUGAGGGCAAUGACAUGUGACUUUCUGUUCUCCUCUCCUGAUUCUCCUCUGAGUUCCUGUUUUAGGGUGGUGGAUCCUGGUCAGUUCUCCUUGAUAUGCGUGUCAAGCUCCUCUGCAGCCCCUUGUCGAUUAGUGUCUGCCUUUGUUCAUCUGUGCCAACACAACUUCGUACCCCUGGAAGUCCCGAUCCAGUGUAGAGCACUUUCAGUAAGUCAGCCUGGUCAGUGAGGAGCACUGGUGAGUGGAACUCAGUACCUGAGGAGGUUAAACUGCUUACAACAUACAUGGCCUUCACAAAGAAAAUGGAAAAUGUGGCUAGUUAACACCUAUAGCUGCCAACACUAAAAGACAAGUAUGUUAUGAAAUUUGUUUUUUUGUUAUGAUCAAAUGAUUUGUGGUUUUAUUCUCUCUUAAUAGUAUAGUAAGUCUUUGAUUAUGUAUCCUGUAUUAUAUUGUCUUGUAGAUGUAUUUUACUGCUUUUUUACAUCAUGGCCAGGGGACUACGGAUGAAAACUAGCCUUCUGGCUAAUUCUGGAUUUUUUUUUAACCAUGUGUACUUCAUGUGUUUUAUGAAAUUGCAUU